GGCCCCCUCGCCCUCCUCACCUCGGGACAGUCGGGCACCGCCUGCCGCUGCCCCAGGGAGCGUCCCGUGGGACGGGGCGCGCCCGGAGUCCGCAUGAAGACUCCGGGCCGGGGACACGACGUCUGGGCCCGCGGAGCCCAGGCGCGCAGUGAGCGGUCACGCGGAGCUGGCGCUGGGCCGUUCGCGGGUGAAGCGCGAGGCCCGGGGCCCCUCUGCAGGGAGGGGACGGCAAGGAAUGCGGGCGUCGCCCCCACCCCCCACCGCUUCCUGGCGCGGCGCCUUUAAGGCCGGGCCGCCAGGGUCACGUGACUCCGCCGUCGCCUGGCAACGGGACGCCGCGCGGUCUCCCUCGGUCUCCCGCCGCAGCCCCGAGCGCAGGCGCAUGGCCCAGGCGGGCCCGCGAGCGUGCGCGGCGGCAGCGGAGCCCCCGGCCCCGGUACCCCCGGCCCCCCCGGCCCCCGCCCCCCCCGCGCUCCCGCAGAGGACCAGCGACUGCUACCGCGUGGACGACGACCUGCCGGCCAGGUUCAACAACCCGGCGUGGUUUCGGGGCUACGGGACCAAGAAGGCCAUGUCAGUGUACAGGACCAGUAACGGUGCCUACGGGAGCAGAGCCCCCACUGUGCACGAGAUGCCGAAAGUAUUUUAUCCAAAUUCGAAUAAAUUUUCCAGACAACUUGCAGCUGGUGGAAUGUUCCGGAACAAUACCUUCAACGUUUCCAUGGAGAAGAGCAUUGUGACGGGUCCUGACAACUACAUCACCCCCUACGACCGGUUCAACUUCCACCCCAGUUACAACGUCAGCAGGCCGUCCAUCUGUGAUUGGCCGGCCUCCUGACCCCGGCGGGGUGUCUGAAGUGUCACCCCUGCUCUCUCAUCAUCUGCCUAGUUGUAGGACAGACUUCACUGCUUUCACUGAAAAUGUUUUUUCUCUUAAGAUUAGAAAAACACGCAGACGGGGCUGUCAGGCCCCCUUAGUUCUGUUUUAUGUCUAAGAUGGAAAAGAUGCUAAUGACUUGACUUUUCAUUAAAAAUGUUGCCACAUCCUGAA